AUGGCCCUGCUGCCCCGGGCCCUCAGCGUGAGCGCGGGGCCGAGCUGGUGGCGGACGGCGCAUGCCUCUCUCGGCUUCCUGCUGCGGUAUCCCGGACCCGCAGACUUCCCGCACGGCUUCCUCCGCGCCAUGGCGAGCAAGCCGCAGCCCCAGCCUCGGUGCCCGCCGCCUACCGCAGGCGCUGUGACCUCCUACGACUAUCUGGUGAUCGGGGGCGGCUCCGGCGGGCUGGCCAGUGCGCGCCGGGCAGCAGAGCUUGGCGCCAGGGCCGCGGUAGUGGAGAGCCACAAACUGGGCGGCACUUGCGUGAAUGUCGGAUGUGUACCCAAAAAGGUAAUGUGGAACACAGCUGUCCACUCUGAAUUUAUGCAUGACCACGUUGAUUAUGGCUUUCAAAGCUGUGAGAGUAAAUUCAAUUGGAGUGUUAUAAAAGAAAAACGGGAUGCCUAUGUGAGCCGCCUGAACACCAUCUAUGAAAACAAUCUAACCAAGUCCCAUAUAGAUUUCAUCCAUGGCUAUGCAGCAUUCACCUGUGAUCCCAUGCCCACAGUUGAGGUCAAUGGGGAAAAAUACACCGCUCCUCACAUCCUGAUUGCCACAGGUGGCAUGCCGUCACUUCCUCAUGAGAGCCAGAUCCCUGGUGCCAGCCUAGGAAUAACUAGUGAUGGCUUUUUUCAACUGGAAGAAUUGCCUAGCCGCAGUGUCAUUGUUGGUGCGGGUUACAUUGCUGUGGAGAUAGCAGGAAUCCUUUCAGCUCUGGGUUCUAAGACGUCGCUAAUGAUACGGCAUGAUAAGGUACUUCGAAAUUUUGAUUCACUAAUCAGUUCAAACUGCACUGAAGAGCUGGAGAAUGCAGGCAUUGAAGUCCUCAAACACUCCCAGGUCAAAGAAGUUAAAAAGACAGCAUCAGGCUUGGAACUCAGCAUGGUUACAUCGGCUCCCGGUAGGAAACCCACCUGUACUGUGAUUCCGGAUGUUGACUGCCUGCUGUGGGCCAUUGGACGGGAACCAAAUUCCAGGGGCCUUAAUUUAAACAAACUGGGAAUUCAGACUGAUGACAAAGGUCAUAUCAUAGUAGAUGAAUUCCAGAAUACCAGCGUCAGAGGGAUCUACGCAGUUGGGGAUGUGUGUGGAAAAGCUCUUCUUACUCCAGUUGCAAUUGCUGCUGGCCGAAAACUUGCCCAUCGACUUUUUGAAUUCAAACAAGAUUCCAAGUUAGACUAUGACAAUAUCCCCACUGUGGUCUUCAGUCACCCUCCUAUUGGGACAGUGGGACUCACGGAAGAUGAGGCCAUUAAUAAAUACGGAAAAGAAAAUGUGAAAACCUAUUCAACUACCUUUACUCCAAUGUAUCAUGCAGUUACGAAAAGGAAAACAAAAUGUGUGAUGAAAAUGGUGUGUGCCAACAAACAGGAAAAGGUGGUUGGGAUCCAUAUGCAAGGAAUUGGGUGUGAUGAAAUGCUGCAGGGUUUUGCUGUUGCAGUAAAAAUGGGAGCAACUAAGGCCGACUUUGACAACACAGUUGCCAUUCACCCCACCUCUGCAGAGGAACUGGUCACACUUCGCUGAAAACUCAGAGACUGAUGUGCUUGGCAGCUGGACCUGUAGACCUUCUGAGAUGAACCAAAUAAUCACAUU